AUGUCUAUCAUUUUUAACAAAGUAGAAAACUGCACUAUUAAUAACUAUUCAAAUUCAAUAAUAUUCAAUGGUGUACGUGUCCCAAGCCAGAAUACAAACCAACAACAACAUACACAAAAUGGGAAUAAUAACUCAGAAUCACCAUCCUCUGAUGUGCCUGGACCUGCACCACAUCCGCCUGGUCACUCUGUACCUGGACCACAUCCGCCUGGUCACUCUGUACCUGGACCACAUUCGCCUGGUCACUCUGUGCCUGGACCACAUCUGCCUGGUCACUCUGUACCUGGACCACAUCCGCCUGGACACUCUGUACCUGGACCACAUUCGCCUGGUCACUCUGUGCCUGGACCACAUCUGCCUGGUCACUCUGUACCUGGACCACAUCCGCCUGGUCACUCUGUACCUGGAUCGCAUCCGCCCGGUCACAGUGAGUCUAAUGACAUUCACCAGCCCAGUGGCAAUGGUCUAGAAACACAACCAUCUGAUGUUGCAGAACCCAGGAAUACGCAGCCUGGUGAAAUUGAGUCUGCUGAGGAUCACAAGUCUGCUGACAAUGAACCAGAUCCACGGCUUGGUAGUAACAGAUGUAGGGCCCAUUUGGAACCAAAUGUUAAACCUACUCCUAGUUUAGUGGAUAUUCAUUCACCAAUACCACACUCUGUGGAUGAGAAGUUUUUCAAUGUGUCAGUGCAACCAAAUCCUGCAUAUGUUGGGGACCAAGUGAAGUUUUCCCUUGCCUCAAAGCAUGCUGAAUACCAGGUCAAUAGUGUCACAUGGUACCACAAACAAGAGAAUAAGGUAGUCACAAGGCUGCCAGAUUAUAAUAUACCACAUGUAGAUUUACAUCAUUGUGGAAUUUAUGAAUGGACUGCAAUAUGUGAUGGUGGCGGAAGGUCAGCUGGUGAGGUUGAACUCGCUGUCAUACCAAGACCCAGCCAAUCUAUGGAUGAAAAACAUGAUGUUGACCCGAAUCAUGAAGAAGAUGACCAUAAUGCAGAUGAAGAUAAUAGUAAUGCAAGAAAAACAGCUGGUGAUAGCAGACAUGCUGCUACACUUGCAGAUUGUCAGUUUUCUCAUGGUGACCACACUACACACCAUGAUGGACCAAGUGAUGACAUUCCAGCAACAGUAUCACCCCCAGGUGUUUCCCACAUGGAAGACAAAUCAAAUGAGUUUGAAAACUUGACAGAUGAGACAAAGAUGGAAUCUGUUGGUUGCCAUGAUUUAUUCAGCAGUGCUUCAGCAAUUGGAAACACAGAUGAUGGCGGUUCACAAGUGCCAAUCACUCCAAAAAUUGAUCCAGAAGUCCAUAUGAAGUUGGCUGAUGAAGUUACAGACAAGGUGGCAAUGAAGAUUGCAACAUGCAUCAAAAAUAACACCCCAACUAUAUCUGAUUGCACAGAGCAACAAAAAUUGAACACAUAUCCAUAUGUGAAAGGCAAAAACUUUUACGAUAAAGGUGUGGACAUGACCUCAUUCUUCAAAGGUUUGAACAUUCCAGCUGCAGAGAAAAUUAUUGUAGCCCCCUGCCAAGGUCCCAUUUCUGCACACAACUUGUCGUCCAAAUGUGAGAAAACCAUACAAGACAUGAUGAACAAUCAGGAUUUGAUGUUUGGUCUCAACCAACUGAUUUCGCCACGCCAAGACAAAGUACGCCUGAUUGCCGAUCGUUUUAAAAUAGAGGACAGGGAAGUCACCUUUAUACUAUUCGCACACAAAGAAGACUCUUUUAGAUACGUGUUUGAACAAGUAAAAUCUAAGGCACCUUUAACAAAGGUUGUAAAAAUAGUAUCAGUUUUAUGUGAAAAAAAUAUAGAAUGUCAUGAGGCAGUGCUUGAUAUAUCUAAAUGGCAUUCUGAAUGCAUUGCUUGUAAACAGUAUUACUCAUCAUUUGUGCAAUGA